GGCUGGGGCAAUUAAACGCCCCCAUCAAAGAAGACGCGUUUUCGCGUCUUUGUUCGGAAAUUCAGUUCAACUCCUUCAUGUCUCUCAUUCCUCUGUGGCGUCAACACCGACUCUCGAUACCUACCACUUGCUUCUUAUACCAGACACAGCUCGACUAUUAGUUAUCGCGAACUUACCUACCGCCCGUCGACUUUCUACCCGAACUCCAGACCGUCGUAAUCGAACCCGAAUAAAGUACCUGACCGUAAUCAAGUCGCAUAUAUUCUGGCGACAGCUUCGGCACUCUGUCUCCCAGUCCCUUCGCUCAGUUGACUCCCCGAGCGUCAUUUCUUCAAGACUGGGCGAUAUCGGCCUCAUACUUGCACGAUUGGUUCGGUAGAAGCAGAUACAGGGGCUCUGUAUACGUGGUCCCCAUAUGCGGCUUGGCUCGAGAAGCCCGAGUUCGGCAACCUUAUAAACGAUCAUGCCGUCUCGUGCACCAGCUAAAAGGAGAUCGAAUGCCGGCAGAUCAAGACCAAGGCCUAGCGAUGUUCAGCCCGGUGACCCUGUCCCGCAACUGCCUCAAAGAAGGUACCGGCCUGGAACAGUUGCACUGCGUGAGAUACGCAGGUAUCAGAAUAGCACCGAUCUUCUGCUAAGGAAGCUACCUUUCGCUCGAUUGGUUCGGGAAAUUGCGCUUGGCUUCCGCCCCAGAGACGAAGAGUUGCGCUGGCAAUCACAGGCCAUAAUGGCACUGCAAGAGGCCGCCGAGGCUUUCAUGGUGCAUCUGUUCGAGGAUACAAAUCUGUGUGCUAUACAUGCCAAAAGAGUCACCAUUAUGCAAAAAGACAUCCAGCUCGCGAGACGAAUACGCGGCGCAUGGGCAGGUUUGGGUUGAGCGUUUGCUGGCAUCGCGGUCGAGACCAAGAAAAGCCAGAUACUUGGGUCUUCAAUUGUUAACAAAUGUCGAUAGACAUGGGUCUAUGUUUCUUGCGGGUCCGGGAUGGGACUUGGAAACUAGAGCCUCGUCAAGUUGUCAUUCUGUGGAGAUGUUGGCUUGAUUACUUCUUUUCUGGCAUUCUGUUGAUAAGGUACACGAGCCGUCUUAUCUGGCGUUAUGCAAGGAGUCUAAGGUAGGAAGGGUGGCGGGCGCGCGCACUGGGCUGUUGGUACCUGUUAGAUGAUUACUAUAUUAUUGACACCGCCUUGGGUACAGUAC